AUGCAUAUUUCAUUCCAAACAAUUGCGCUCGCGUUCGCCAAUGUUGCUGUUGCAGCUCAAGCAGCCUCGUCUUCUGAGCGUCAACUGAUCGCACGUGAGGACAAGCGAGGAUCUUACACAGUCUCCGGCCUCGGUGCUCGUAAGCAAGCCAUUCUGAAUGCUGGAGGAAAUAGCCUCGACUUGGCCAUUGCUAUGCUGGAGACCGAAAGAAUGCAGACAGACUAUACAUACGGAGACAACAAGAGCAACGACGCCGCCAACUUUGGCUUGUUCAAGCAGAACUGGGGCAUGCUCCGGGUGUGUGGCUCUCGCGCCGGCUUCUCAGGACAGAGCGAGGGCCAAUGGAACAACGGGGCCAAGCUCAACUCCGAUAUCUACGCGGAUGUAGCCUCGCGCUGGGACUGUCAGGACUACUAUGGUUACGAAAGGUGGAUGGCAGGACACCGCAAUGGGGCAACCGGCUUGGGUAAUCCCAACACGGACGACAUCAACAGAUACAGAUCCGCUAUCGAAUGGAUUCAGGGGCGGAUUGACUCGAAGAACGACUACAAGUCGGAUGACACCAGAUUCUGGGUUGACGUCACGCCGAUCUGA